GCAGCUGCCCGGUUGAACAGAAUGUCAUGUUGUCUCUGUCCUCCAGGUAUGAACAGGAAACGGGCUCUGAUUUCAGACACUUUUAAGUUUAAGAAAAGAAGAAAUGGCCCUGAGAAGUUUGGAGCUGUCAGUGAAGAAAAUGGACCAACCAACAUCAGAUCCACCCUCGAGUACCUCAUGACAUUGUUCCCCAGGAAGCUCUUCAACGACACUUUACCUCAAAUUGUUUUCAAGCACCAGCUCUACAGCAUACACAAUGACAAGACUUUGGUGGAUAAGGAGCUGAAUAAACUGCGGGAACACGGAGAGCUGCUGAUGUUCCAGCUCGGGUUUCAUGCAGAAGCUUUCGGGCUGAUUUUUGCCUCAGAUUAUAAAGCCAAAGUGCUGGCUGGAGAGGAGGGCAGAGUGACGAGAGCCACAGUGGAGAAGUUCUUGGAAAAAGUGGUGUCUUCUUGCACAGAUCUGAGCUUCAGCAAAGAUAAGAUGCUCAGGGAGUUCCUCUUCACAGACUCUGAAAUUACGCAGUUGGUUAAGUCCGGAGUCCUGACUGUGAGGGACGCCGGCAGCUGGUGGCUGUCCAUCCCCAAUUCUGGAAAAUUCACAAAAUACUUUCUACAAGGCCGUAAAGCCGUGCUCGGCAUGGUUAAGAAGUCAAAAUAUAGCGAGGUCCUAAAGGCAGAGUUGGAGGAGCGGCGAACAAACUCACAAGUGAAAUUCCACAUGAAAUACCACAUCCACGACAUCGUUGGUGCAGAGCUGGUAGAAAGUAUACCCACAACAUCAGGAACUUUGUUGCGAUUUGUUGACUCCUGAAUGACAGCAACAGGACGGGCUGGUCGGUUCUCGAUCAAAGCCAGUGAGCGACUGAAGACGAAAGAUGCAUUAAAUGUACAAAGACCGUUUGUAUGAGAACUAAUACUGAAUUAAUUUAAGUUUUUCAGAAUUUGAUUCUGUGCCAAAUGUAUUAUAUAAAACCUUGUGGGUUUAUGACUCGUCAAAUAUGUUGACAUGACCGUGUCAGGUUUUUGAUUUAUCUUGUAAUAAAGAUGACUGUUGAA